AUGAUGGACCUUCUUGCUGGAACGAUGACCAACAAGAGUGGAGGCUAUAUCACGCGCCGGCUUCAUGUUCCCCAGGAAGUGUGGUCGCAGGGAGGGGCGAAGCUCGCUAACGUACCGGAGAAAGUCAGGGUCGUCGAGGUACUAUGUUCUGCGUUAGAAGAGAUGCAGCAAUGUAGCGCGGAGUCCUUUGGUGCGGGCAACGUGUGCAGUGGUCUCGCGCUGGGCAUCGGCAGCGUCGGCCCGAAAGAGGCUGAGCUGUGGGUAGCGAAGCUGGACGAGCUCGGGCAGGUCUGUGAUAGCGUCGUGGCGAGCUUUGGGAAGAAGCUCGGCGUCGGAGAAGGGUUUGUGAUUAAGAAGAGCGGGGUCACCUCGUGGGGCGGGAAGUUAACGCGGCAAUUUGACAAAUUUACGAACGGCAAAAACCUUGAUUCUCCUGUGGCAUAUGUAGCUGGACUGACCCGUCUGUUCCGGAAUGUACAACUACUUGACGAGCACACAAAGGCGAUGCUGUCGACGCCCAUCGCCCCCAUAUAUGCCGCCUUCCCCCCGGAGCUGCGGAACGCGGCGGAGGUGAAGCUGAAGAGAAUAUCCGAGUUCUUCGCGAGCGUUGUCUUGACAUUCGUCAUCCGGGAUCUUGCUCAGCUACUGGACAAGUACGCCAAGCAAUGCGAAAAAUGGCUCGCCGAGUGA